GAUAUAAUACUGUUGCUACCCAUGCAAUCAGUAUACGUGACAGCAGUACAUCACGUAUGGCGUCACUGCAUCAAGUGCCCAAUGUGCAAGUUUCACGUUUUUCCAAUUGUUUUCCGUUGUUUUCGUUUUGAGCCUUAUUAUAAACUCGAUCUCACGUGUAUUUUUUGUCCAGUUUAUUAUUGUACCAUACAUUUUUCGUGCUAAUUUUGUAUGGUAGCGUACACAAUAAUUUUAGUUAUUAAUAGUAUAUUCUUCAGUUAAACUUUUUAUAUUAUUGUUUUGUUCAUUUCUAACCGUCGAGUCUUAUGUAAUUUAAAUAAGGUGUUAACGUAUUAUAGGUAGAUUACGAAAGUGAGCUUGACGUGUGGGUUAGCCAUAUACUAUUAAUAUACAUUGAUCUUGCUUAUUCUCACAUAGUUUUUAAAACAAUUACUAUAGCUUAAGUUUUUACCACAUUGUAAUCUGUAGCGUGUAAAUUGCGCCUACAAUAUUAAGUUGAUCGAUUUUUUUGUUCAAUAUAGACUUGAUAUAAUGGGUCUUACGUCCCAACAAGUUUUGUCAUUUCUCCCUUUGGACACGUGGACUAAUGUUUUUUUAAUCCCAGGUUAUAAACCUAAUAAUAAUGGAAUUUAUUUAGUGACUACUAAUGAAAAAUAUUUAAAACGUUGCAAAGAUAUGUAUGAAAUGGCAUUAUAUAGCUAUAUGUUUGAAAAAGUUAGUUCAUAUAAAUUAAUGGAAUUAGUUGCCUUGGAAAUUGAAGGAUUAUGGUACAGAGGUAGAAUGUUGAGUUACAAUGAAUUUUUGUCUAAUAACACAGCUGUAGAAUUAAUAGAUUCAGGAUCAAUUAUUAAAAAACAAUUGUGUGAUUUAUAUAAACUUCCAGAUUAUUAUAAAUAUGAUCCUUUAUGUAUUUCUAUUAAACCUAUCAAUGAGAUUUCUUAUCCAAAGCUUGGAAAAUUAUGUGUUCAGCCUUCAUUAUUAGAAAGUGAACUGCAUAAAGGUUAUGUUUUAGUUAAUACUAAAACAAUAGACACAAUAAAUGAAUUACAUUCAGAGAUGAAUUGGGAAGACAUAAAUGUGAGAAAACUUCUUUUCUUAGCCAUUACUACAAAAGAGUUGUGUUCCAUUAAAGAAACUGAUUUUAGUAAGCCGGGUAAUUUCAAUAACUCAAUAAUUCAAAAAAUAAACAAUUCUAAUAACCUAACUAUUUAUAUGGAAAAACAAGAUCUGGAAUAUGUUACUGAAUUUUCAAAUGAAUUAAUUGAGACAUGCAAUGCAGAAAACAUUAUUCAGCUAAAAACUUUGUUGAAUAGUGUAAAUGUACAAAGAUUAAAAAAUAUAUUUACAGACCUCAUAUGUAGUAUACCCAAAUAUUUUUUUUUGAAAAACAAUGUUAAUCUUAAGAAUAAACCAGUUGUAAAUGAUGUUAUCGAGUACAAAACAAAUGAAGUCAAUAGAAUGGUAGCCAAUAUUGAUUCGUUAAGAUUAUCAGAUUGUUCAGAUUCAUGCAUUAAUGGUUUAAAUAAUAAUAAGAUCCAUAUUUUUAAAAAUGAAUCAUCAGUUGAAUUUUGUUAUGGCACAAAUAUUGAUUAUGUAUAUAUUAGAAGUUAUGAACAAAAACGAAAAUAUUUCAAAGAAAUGAAACAAUUUUAUGCCUAUUGUGAGAAAAAAGAAAAUUUAAAAAUAAAAACAGACAUAAAAAAUGGAGAUAUGGUUGCAGCGUUAAUGACUCAUUACAAUGAAGUACACAGAGCUGUAAUAUUAAAUGAUGUUUUUAAACAUAGACUUGGUCAUUUGUAUCUUUGCUUUUUUAUUGAUAUUGGUUUAAAAGAGUACGUAAAAUCUAAUCAUAUUUUUUAUUUAUUGGAAGAAUUUCAAAGUGUUCCUUAUUUAGCACAUAAAGUGGGAUUAAAGAAUCUCCCAUUUAAUAAUACAAUGCAAUUGAAGUAUUUAAAAAGCUAUUUUGACGAAUUGUAUUUACAACCAUUGAUAAUAGAAUUUGAAGAAUGUAAUCCUAAUGGGUUGAAUAAUGUUGUCUUAAAAAAUAAAUUAAAUAACAUGAAUAUUUACAUCGAAGCAAAAGAAUUUUUAAAACAAAAAAUUUCAAAUUUUCAGUUAGAUAACGAAGUUAAUUCAAAAAUAAGUGAUUAUUUGAAUUAUAAUGAUGUGUUUAGAAAUGGUACAAUAGUAAUUAUUACUUAUUUUGAAUCAGUGAAUCAAAUAUUUGUUCGUAUAAAUACAUCUGAACUACAAGAGUAUUAUAAUCAGAUAACUAAUGACGUCCAUCAGUUUUAUGAAAAUAAUAAAAGUGUAUACAACAGAAAAUCUCCAAGAAUGAAUGAAAGAGUUGCCGUUUAUUCCUCAUCAAAGAAAAGAUUUGCACGUGCAUCUGUUAUUAAAAAAAUUGAUGAAAUAACUUAUUCAGUAUAUUUUAUUGAUUAUGGCUGUAAAGAGUGUAUUUCCACAAACAAUAUUUUUGUGUUGCCUUAUUUAUUUAGACAUUUACCACAAUCAGUAUUCAAAAUUGGAUUAAAUGGUACUUUGUCUAUAAGUAAAAUUGAUAAAUCUUUUGAUUAUUUCAAUCAGUUAAUUCAAUUAUCUGUUCCAUUAAUUGCACUGUUUGAUGAAGAAGAUCCACUUGGGUUUCAAAAUGUUAGUUUAAAAAUUGCAUCAAAUGGAGUUGAUAUUAGUGAAGAAAUUUGUACAUUACCAGAGUUAUAAUUAGGUUUUAUUAACUUAACUAUUAUUUUUUUUAAAUUAUGAUUUUUUACAGAA